CGUAUUGUUUUGACUUUUGACAUUUCAAAUGUCAUCCCCAAAGUGAGGUUAUGAAAAAUGCCAUAGCCCGCAAAAUGCAUAAACACAAAGUAAACAAACUCCAAUAACUAUUUUAAGACAAACGUACAAAACAUGGCCAAAGAAGUGAUUAUAAUUUUUGUUUACGACACUCAACUUUUACAAAAAGAGGAAGACGACCCGGCGUCGGCGAUUUUAUAUUUUCACCCGACGUGGGUGUCGGAUCAACAAAAAACUGCCCUAUGUGGACAAAUAAUCGGAACCACUCGUUGCAUUAAAAGUAUUUUUUCGACACCCAGUGUUGUCUCCUUGCAGAGCGGAAAGUUUUAUGUUAUAGAGAAUGGGAGAUACUUACUGGCAUGUGGAACAGAUCGCAAUAUAUCAGAAUGGCAGCUGGAACACAGAGCCAAAACCCUUUAUUCCAUAAUCAACUUCUUUCACAAUGAUUUUUCCGUUCUCUCUCAAAUUUACCCCAAGAGAGAAAACCUGUCGGCAAAGCUAUAUCACAUGUUCGAAACAUAUCUUAAAAUGCUUGUUUACGGGGGGAACAUAUUCUCUCAUAUACCAACGUUAGCGCUACCAAAAAGUGCCAGCAACGUUUUUACUGAAGCUCUGCAUCUGCUGCAGUGUUGCCAAGAGUUAACAAACGUUUUGGGCGGAUCUAUGUUGUACCAUAACAAGGUGGUUGCAACUCAAUUCAGUCCAGAUUUGACGAAGAGAAUCGUUUUGACUGACCCGUAUCGAAUAAAAUGUCCAGCAGAAACGACCACAGUUAACUUUGACUUGCCGCUGGGCGUCCAGUUGCUGGAAGUUUAUAUUUCCAGUGACGAAUAUUACACGUUACUUGCCAAAAAUAGCAGUAUUUUUCAGUAUUUAUACAAUAAGAAAGGUAUUAAAAAGACUAACUCGAAACCUUCCACGGACAGCGCGGCCGUUUCCCAGAUGAAACGCGACCAAUCCCUGAUCUUCACCAUGGUACCUGAAGAAGACGCACCGAACCCGGAAGGCUUUCUCCCGACGGCCGCCAAAAAACCGCGCCCGAAAUUUUUGAACCUCAAAUCCGCGAGUGUCGAUUUGGACCUAAAACCUCCACCAAAAACGCCUUUCGUCGGCCAAACCAGCGUGGUAUCCACGCCCAUGGUCGAGUUGAAAAAGUUCGUGCAUCAGAACCCGCUCUCGAUCGUUUUGGAUCCCGACGAGGUAGGGAUAAAAGUGGAUUCUCCCGAACAACAACAACAACGUAAUAUUGAUGAUGAUGAUAAAAAAUGCAAAGGUACGAUACGCGAGCAUUCGGUGAGUUUGCAGAACUUGGCAGGUAUUGUGGACGAUGAUGGUGAUAGUAAAGACAAAUUAAAGCGUGCGGUAAGUAUAGGUGAUCCUACGUGUGCGGUUUUUAGUCUGGAAACUGGAAAAGUCAUGUCGAAGUCGAUGUACAAUGAACAAGUGUUCAACCAGAUUCGGUAUGACUUGAAUAUGGAUGUAAAAAGAGAGCACAAUAACUUCAACAAGUUUGAUUUAAUUAUGCCGAGUAAUAAAAUCAAAAACAACGCGAAAGUUGAAGUUUACAAGAACAACAAAAACAUCACCAAUCCAAAAUCCGACGUAAUUCUGCGCGACAAACCAAAGACCAACAACCGGGAGCAAAGAAAAUCCCUAACGCUCCCCCUGAAAUCCCUCACCGCGGAACUAACAUCCCCCAUAACAAAAAAUCGUAAAUACUCGUCCGGAGUGCAACUGACUCCUUUAAUGUCAAAAUUGACCAUGCUAGCGUUCGAAGAGGCAUCAAGUGGCUUCGGUUCUCACUCGACAACACCCGGAGAUUACCGAGGCGCGACCCCCACCCAGCAAAACUUCCCCUACAACCCCAUAAAGACGGUAAAACCCUCCAAAGCAAACUCCACCCUCCACAAGUGCGUUCUCUUCGUUUGCGGGCAGCAAGACGUAGUCUUGACCCUCCUACUCAAAGAGGAGUGCUGCACGAGCGACGCGGUGAUCAACAGGUUGUGGGAGAUCGCUACGGAGCACUUGGGGAGAUUGGAGAAGCAGCUGCGCCUGUGCAUGGAGUCGCAACCAAACGGGAACAGUGCGCACGACCCGUACAGUUACAUAAUGCUGGACUCUGAUUGGGACACGUUGAAGAGGGGCGGACCCUGGGGCACCACUGACACCGUGAUGAACACCCUGCACAGGGACUUCAAGGAGACUCCCGGUUUGACGGAUAUAUUCAUAAGAGGUAGCGACAGCGUGGUAUAUGGAAACAGUUGCGGUCAAACUGAGGUUUAUUACCACGAGACCGCCCCAUUGAACGGCGGUUUACCACCUCCAGCUGACCCUAUGGGUCAGGUCCAACUUAAAGCUCGUAGACGACUUGAAAGAGACCACGCGAUUGUCUUGUUGUAAAAUGUUAAUUUUUAAGAAAAAAGUUGGUAUUAAUGUUUACUUAACAAGUUUAAAGCCUGAUUUAUGGAUUGACUUCCUUCCUCCCGUAAAAGAUGAACUACGGUUUUCGUAUUGUUCAUCUUUUACGGGAGGAAGGCAAUCUAUAAAUCAGUCUCAAGUCGAAUACUGUUAAUAUUGUUUUAUACGUAAUUAUUUCUAGUCCAAACUAUGGGCCAUUCCAUACAAAACUGCCGAAUAGCGUAGCUCUAAAGAGCAACACAAAUGGCGAUUUCGUGUGGAAUGCCCCAUAUUACCUUCAAUACAAUAAAAUUAUUGUAUUUUGUUAACGCAGGGUCUUUAUUUUUUCCAAACAAUUUAAUUUAAUUAAUUUAUGUGUGUACAUUCCAGAAAAAAAACAAUUUAUUCUUAAUUUAUUAUUAUUUAAUAGGAGUAUAUUAAUGAUUAAUAAUUUUGUGUCAAAAUUAUAGACAAGUGUAAAUUAUUAUUACUAUUAUGAAUAAAACCGACAUAUUUAAAGAACUAUAUCGCUUUUACACGUUUGCGCAUUAUAUAAAUAGAAAGCUAUUUUUACAUACCAACCUAAUAGUAUACAGGGUGUUAUGUAAUUAACGUAAUACAUUAAAAUACUGAAUACCUUUGGUGUAACGGAAAAAUAUUUAAAAAAAAAUUCACAAAGGUAAAGAAAAAAUAUACAUUAGUUGUAAAAAAAUUGUUAGUUUAGUUACGAGUCUUAUUAAGCUUGCAAGCGAGUGUUUAAUAAAAACUAGUAUCUAGAGAAGUUUAUAAAACGAGUUGCAUACUAUACUUUAUCUAUGACGAACACAAAGAAGAAUUUAAAGCCAAUUUUAUUUGUUAAACAUUUGACAUCUCGGCCAUUUCAAGCGUACGGACGGGACAAAUCACAAAACUGUUUCUAUGAAAAAAAUUGUAGGUAAUUUUUUUGCAACGAAAUUCUAUAAACUAAAUAAAAAAAAUCGCAAGAAAUAUUUUAUAUAAAUGGAGAUAAUUUUAAUAAUCUUCAGGACUGUCGUUUUUUUUAUUUAAUGUAUAAUCUAACAAAAGAAGAAUAUUUUUGACUCUUUUGAUGCCAAAACAUAUAUAAUAAAUGAUUCACUUUUUUUUUACAAAAACAUUUUUGUAAAUCGUGCGUUUCGCGCGCUUGAAAAGGCCGAUCUGUCAAAUUUAAACCGAUUUAAUUAUUAUUAUUAUAUUUGCGUUUAUUUAGCAAAAUGGCUUACGUUUUUUUCUGAAAAUAACCUCAAAUUCUUAAGAAUCCUGGUGAAAGUUUAGAAAGGAGCUGUACAGACAGUUCUUUCUAUACUGUGAUAUAGUUCUCUAAAUAUGUGGUAAAAAGUUUUUUACUAAAAACCAAAUCUAUCGCUGGAACUAAGUUGGUAAUUUUUUGUCCCCAACUGGCAAUACUGUCUGCAUUUUUUAAAACUCUGUGUGAUAUGUAUUACACUUGUAAACAUUCCCAAAACAUUAAAAUUGAAUAAAACAAUUUUAAAACCAUUUUUCCAAUUUUUGUACUCAGUAAAAAACAUGUGUGACUUUAUUGCAUUUUUGGUACAUAAUUUAGUUUCUGCGAUUUUCGAUUUGAUUUUUUCGGUACCGAAAAGAAACUACAGGUGUAGACAACUUUUUUUGUAGUUUUCAUGCUUGUAGUUUAACAGUACCUAUAGGGUGAUUAUGCAACAUUCCGUGCCAAAAAGCUUAGGUAUAAUAUUGGAUCUCAAUGUAUUAAUUAAUGUUACAUCUAUGUGCUUUUAG